ACCCCCACAGUUCACUUGAAGAUGCUUUUACAAUGCCGACCAUUUCCCAAAGCACAUUGUAGACGCGGAGCUGAGGAGUGACGGUCUUUUGGUGUGCGUAAAAAGAAAGAAAGACGAAACCACGCAAGUAGACUGAGAGCCUACUAUCAUUGACAGAAAGGAAGAGAAGAAAACAAAAGAAGUGUCAUAUUAUUUCCACUCAACAGCUGAAUUGAACCGAAGGGGCAAGAGAUAUUCAAGGCUUGUUAGACAAAGGGGAUCUGUUAGAACUUGAAUGAUGGAGACGAACAUAUUAUCCAACGGGAAGAGUAAUGACCUCGGACGUGACACGGGUAUACCGAUGAAGACAAUGCUGGAUGACGAUCAAAAUGGCACUCAAACAGUCAGAUUUGACGACCCCGACGGAGGAAUGGAGUGUGAGGAGUUUUUGCCCAGUGAAGAUGGAAAGAAACCUACACGUUUCACAGAUUUUGAAGGAAAGACCUCUUUUGGCAUGUCAGUCUUCAACCUGGGUAAUGCCAUUAUGGGCAGUGGAAUCUUGGGAUUGGCCUAUGCCAUGGCCAACACUGGCAUACUCCUCUUCUUGUUUCUUCUGUCUACAGUAGCAGCGCUAUCAUGUUACUCUAUCCAUAUGCUGCUCAAAUGCUCUGGUAUUGUCGGAAUUCGAGCUUAUGAACAGCUGGGGUACAGGGCCUUUGGCACUCCAGGAAAAAUGGCUGCUGGGAUGGCAAUCACCCUGCAGAAUAUUGGUGCUAUGUCCAGCUACCUGUAUAUUGUUAAAUCUGAGUUACCGCUGGUCAUCCAAACUUUUCUGAAGACAGAGGCCAACCCUGAUCUGUGGUACUUGAAUGGAAACUACCUGGUCAUCAUGGUCUCUGGCGGCAUCAUCCUGCCCCUUGCUUUAAUGAAGCAACUUGGUUACCUUGGAUAUUCCAGUGGAUUUUCUCUCAGCUGUAUGGUGUUCUUUCUCAUUUCAGUGAGCUUUAAGAAGUUUCAGAUUCCUUGCCCAUUUGAGGAGUAUUCAGCCAACCACACUGCUACACUCCUCAGUCUUAAUGCUUCAAACCACAUCCACGAGUACAGCAACGGAGUCGCUCUUGAGAGCGACGACUCCCACUGCAUCCCACGCAUGUUCACCAUGAACACACAGACUGCUUACACAAUCCCCAUCUUGGCUUUUGCCUUUGUUUGCCAUCCCGAAGUCCUGCCCAUCUACACUGAGCUACGCAAUCCAACUCAGGAGAAGAUGCAAAAAGUGUCCAACCUUUCCAUUCUUAUCAUGUACACCAUGUACUUUCUGGCAGCUCUGUUUGGCUACCUGACCUUUUACGACAAGGUAGAGCCCGAACUGCUGCACACUUACAACCGCAUCGACCCCGAUGAUACGCUGAUCCUGUGCGUGCGAGUGGCUGUCCUCACGGCCGUGACGCUCACCGUCCCCAUUGUUUUGUUUCCGGUGCGUAGAGCCAUCCAGCACAUGCUAUUCCCCAACAAGUCUUUCAACUGGCUUCGCCACAUUGGCAUCGCCCUCACUCUGCUCAUCAUGAUCAACCUGAUGGUGAUAUUUGCUCCGAAUAUCCUGGACAUCUUUGGCGUUAUUGGUGCCACAUCUGCUCCCUGCCUCAUUUUCAUCUUCCCUGCUAGCUUCUACAUCCGCAUCGUUUCCAGAGAGGAUGAACCGAUGACCUCUUUUCACAAGAUAAUGGCUGUUAUUUUCAUUGCUAUGGGUGUCUCCUUCAUGGUGAUGAGUCUGAGCUUCAUAAUCAUGGACUGGACAACAGGAACCAACCGCGUUGCAGGAGGCCACUAGGUGCUGCGUCAGUGUGUGUUGUUUUAGGAAAAAGGGUUUAUAGUCUGGCUAAUGUAAGGGGAGCACUAUCGCCUCAGUGGAACACACCCCAGCGCUGCCCAGCACAGAGCCUGGACUUUGUCCCAGUAAGAAAUAUAUGGUAUAUCAUAGGAUUUAUUAGCGUGCAAGCUUGUGUUGAUCAAAUGAAAUUAACUUUUUGACUGUAACUUAAAUAUGUGAACAAAAUCCUCUCAUAUCAACGUUUUUUUAAACUUAAUUUAAAGCAGAGCAUCCAUGAUAUUAAUCACGCAUGAACUAGGGUCUGUUUGUGCAGCGAAGUCCACCUGUGAUGGUGAAAUGGUCCUUUCAUGCUGCUUUGACUUCGGUUUACACACAAAUAGCUCCAGCUGGUACUGUACAGACGAAUACGGUGAGAAAGGCAUCCAAUAUUCUCCUCGAGACGCACAAGAGUGGUCAGCCAGUUGAUCACAUUUCGAUCUGAAAUGUCUUCUCUUUAUGAGCGUAAUUCAGAGAAGUGCUUUAAAACCUAAUUGUGCUGGUGACACUUUGUGUCAGUACACGUUUGGUCUAUAUUCAUUUCAUCCCUGGUGCCUUUUAGCAUUUGAAAAGGCACACAAACAUACACUAAAAUGUAUAUUUAUUUUGCUAUAUAUUUUUUUAAAUUUCAAAUCGACUAUAUUUAACUACUGAUAACAUAAAAACGAUGAUUGCAUUAAACUUCUUUCUUUUUUUCAAUUAUGUUGCAGAGAUGACAGACUGUGAUGCAGACUGAAAAUAUUUUAGCCUUUAUUAAAAACUAACUCCCAACGCAAAAGCUAGAGCACAAUAAGCCAAACUGUGAUCUCGAAUAUAAAAUAUUCGCUACCCUCAUUGUUGAAAGGAAAAGUGAGUUGUCGUCAUUUAUGCUGAGUCUUUGGUCAGAUGAUGGGUUGUAGUCAAGUUUGAACACUUCUUCCCCUGGAAACAUCCUUAGACCAAAGAAAGAAAAUGCAAAAAACAAAACAAAACAGAAAAAACAUGGACAUGCACAUUUCAACAUAUUUCAGUCGUUUUGCUUAAAUAAUCAAACUUAUUAGCAGCAAAAGACAGUUAUCAUAUGGUAUUGUUCUCAAGGUCCAAUUCUAAUCAGCAAGGAAGUAAAUAAAUAAGAACCCUGCCCCAAAAUGUUUGGCCAUUCCUUUCAAUUAGAAAAUAAAUAAAAUAAGGCUUAAUUGACUUAAAAAGAAUUUAAAAAAAUCCAUCUAUACUAAAAGACAAAACUUUAUAUAUAGUUGCCAGGAGGUAAAACUUUGCCGGUUCAAAUAACCCCUUGCCAAACAACAGCUAAUUUGAUAAUGUGUUGCACCUUUCCCAUUCUUCUGCAGUGUCUUGAUCAGUCUCCAAUAUUUCAAUCCACAGUGAAUGUUUUGCAUGUUGUUUCUGUUCCUUGUUCUCUGGAGUGAACUGCGAGUGAACUGGUUUUGCUUCCAGCACUGUUGUGUCUAGACAUUACUGUAAUAUCAUAUACUUGGCAUCUCACGGUGAGGUUUUUUUAAGGUACCAACCUUUACUGUCGAAUUAUGACAGCCUUAUUUAAAAGAUGUGACAGGAAAUGAUGGUUCCGGCAUUACUGUUUUGAAGUUUCGUCACUGUUAAGGUGUUGGUGUAAUUUAGGUAUGUGAACAAAUUCAUCCAUAAUGAGGGAUUAUUUUUUUUUAGAUCCACAGAAACUAAAUUUGCAUGAUUUCGCACUCUACACUCUACAGGAUCAUUUUACUAUAUAUAAAAAGAAAAAAAAGGAACUUUUGUGAUUGGGCAAAAUUUUAUCUUGGAUAGAAAAAAAAUGUUUAAACAUUUUAUACGUGUACCCAAAGAUGAUUUUACAUUAUAUAACCCAAUUUAUGUGGAAAUUGAGUUGUUUGAUCACUCUCAGAGAAUGUCAGAGAAGUCAAGAGGAAAUCAUUAUUUAAAUUGACAUUACUCUAUUUUAUUGCUGUGUAAAUGUUCUGAAUCUCAAUUAAGAUUUUUUUCCCCAAAAACAUAAUGAAAAACAGCAGAAAAUGUGUUUUCCCAGGGUCACGUUCCGUCCCUUGCUAUUCCACAUGUAUUUGCAGUGGUUAAUUAAGAGGAUCUAUCUCAUGUUUUUAUUUGUUAACUGUAAAGGGUCAUGCCAAAAAUAACAACUGACUACCUACUGUUCUGACACUUUUAAGUAAGUUCCAAAUUUUCAUAACCAGACAUCUUACAUCAAGUAGUCCUUUAUCAUGUACGUAAAGUAAUCUAUGUCAUAUUUUACGAUAGCUGUCAUCCAAGAUGUUAAUCUAUGGAAACAGCAGGACUAUAAAUGAAUAAAAAGGUCUAUGAAUUUUGGUGAACAAGACGGAACUUUAUAUAAAUAAUGUAUAUAAAUGUAAACCUUUUAUAUUUGUGUUGCAUAUUUACAAUAGUAAAGUAUUGUAAAGUGUAAAUAUUGGGGACAGUUUUAGUUUGCCAAAUAAAAUAAUUAUAAAUGUU